CCCCUAUCAGAGGCUGUUUUGGCAACACCGAUGCGCGUGGAGCGUCCAUCCACCUCCAGUCUCCUUUACGCACCGAUUAUGCGGGCAGGUACAGGGACUCUAAUUGCUCCGCGUUCAGCCGCUGCACUGCGCUUUUAAUCCGCACCAAACGGACUAAUAUGAAAGAAGUGGAUGUAGAAGUGUGAGAGAUCAUCAGAGAGGAGGCAGGCGCGUUUUCUGGUGGAUCCUUCUGCUGCUUUUUCUCUUCCCCCCUCUUUUUUUUUAUACUCGCCUCCCUUUCCUUCUCUCUCGCUCUCCGCUGAAGCGUCAGCAUGGAUGUCUUGGCGAACCACAGCAUCUUUCAGGAACUUCAGCUCGUCCAUGACACCGGCUACUUCUCAGCCAUGCCAUCUCUGGAGGAGAACUGGCAGCAGACCUGCCUAGAGUUGGAGCGUUAUCUGCAGACUGAGCCCAAACGUCUAUCAGAGCUCUUUGAUCAGGACCUCGACGGCCUCCUCACGCCCGCCUACUUGAAAGAGGACGGCGAAGAAGACCUCUCCGAGGCCUUGCUCCCUAGUCUCCCUGAACCUCCAAGCCCUCCCUCGGUGACCAUGUGUCCAAUGAGACUGAACUUAGCUGUGACAAAAGACCUCAAGCCUAAAGGGCAGGGUCCAGAAAAUUCAGAAGGAACAGAAGGGGUCCACCAGGCACAGCUGAGCGCCGUCACCUCUUUAACUCCCCCGUCUUCUCCGGAGCUGGGCCGACACCUUAACAAACCCAGCCAGACGCUUACAGCCUCCGCAGAUGGGACACUUACCCUGAAGCUAGUGGCCAGGAAGGUGGGUCUCAGUGCAGCUCGGCUAGUGGCCGGGCACACGCUUCCAGUCCAGGUGAAGGAUGAAGAGGAAGGGGCGGCGUGCCUGAUUGGGGCCGGGGAACUACCGGACAACAAGAAGAGGAUCCACCGCUGCCAGUUUAAUGGCUGCAGAAAGGUGUACACCAAGAGUUCCCACCUUAAAGCCCACCAGAGGACACACACAGGUGAGAAGCCGUACAAGUGCUCAUGGGAGGGAUGCGAGUGGCGAUUUGCCAGGAGCGACGAGCUGACAAGGCACUAUCGCAAACACACCGGUGCCAAGCCUUUUAAGUGCAACCACUGUGACAGGUGCUUCUCCCGGUCGGAUCACUUGGCGCUGCAUAUGAAGAGGCACAUCUGAGGAGCCUAAGAGGUCAAAGGGAGUGGAAGGACUGGGAAGUGAACGAAAGAGAUGGGGCUAAUGACAGCUAAAAAAGAACAAAACGAAGAUGGAGAGAGAUGGAUGAUUGACACCAACACACCAAAUUGAAUCAGAGGGGGGAUAAAGGGGGUAGGGCAUCUGACCAUAUGCAGAAUCCAACUUAUCCACAGUGGCUUUUGUCAUUCCAACCCCAAACCUUUUGGUCCAAACAUACAGAAUAAUUUAACGCCAUUUGGAAAACCAUUUAAUUCCUAGAAGAUACAGCUCCCACUCUUUUUAUGUGUCUUCUAGGGGAAGUUGGAUGAAUUGUGCUUAUCAUUGGCAGCUUUUUUGUCAUGUCAUGACAUGUCCCUCAUUGACAACCUUCCAAAACAGCUUUGUUCCGCAAGGCAUUUGUACAGUCACGCUUUUUCAACAUUUCUACUCUUCAGAAAAAAAAUCUACGGAUUUAGAGAUGACCUAAUUUCCAACAAAACCUGCCUUUAUUUUGUCAAACCUGCCUCACCCUUUUGAAUCACCUUUAGGUUUAUCAUCUGACCAAGUGGGCAAAUUCCAAAUGGAUGCAUUCGCAAAUCUUUCUGCUCUGAUAGCAUUGAAGCAUUGGCCUCAGUUUCUUUGGAGUCCCCAAAGACUUGACUUGUAAGCAGGAUGGUGUUGCACCAAUGAACGGUCCCGUUGUUGCACUGACUUUACCCCCAAGAUCAACAUCUACUGAAAGGAACGUAUCUACUCUGGGAAUGUCAGAUGAAACUGAGCAUCUCGAGAGAUGUAGGCAGCUUUAUAGGAGUGUUUCCUUCUCAAGAUCUUAUCGAUUGUUGUCAAAAAUGGUUGCACAAUUGACUUUCAAAUUUUUUGUAAAAAAAAAAAUCAAAAUAAAAUGUUCCAGCGUUGAAAUGAAACGCUCCCUUUUCAUGUGCCACCUGAGCACAAGUUUAAGCAGCUUGCCCACUGCUAUAGCACACCGAACACAAACAAGAUCACCGUGUAUUUAAAGGUUAUAUUGUUUCUAAGAAGAUCCUGUUACUUGUUCGAAAAGAGACAAUUUUGAAUAGACACCUUGCGAAGAACUCACAGGAAAUUGAUGCAGCUAAAAAAAAGGAAAGAAAAGACGAAUGCCUGAAAUGAUCUCUUUGGGCUUUGAGAGUGAUUGGCACCAAACUAAUCGCUGGACUGAGACAGUACUGCACAAAGCACACAUUCCUGCAGAAUUCUUCCAAUUAAGCAUCUCUCUGACUUGACUUCGAGUAACAAAAAAAAAGCAUUGGACAGCUCUUUGAAUCUGGACACAUGUAUAGCAAGAACAUUUCUGCUGACUUCCUGACCAGCAUGUAUGUCAGAAUUCUGAUAUUUUCCCCUACUAGACGGACUCUUAGGAAGGCACAUUCAAUCAAUCAAUUGAGUCCUGUCAGAGAAAAAUCAAUGUGAAUGUAUUUGUUACAAUCCUGUCCAUUUAACUAAACCCAUGAAAACACUGGGGAAUGGUGGGUAAGACCAUAUUACCAUUUUUUCUUUUUCUUUUUCACAGUAGGGAAGAAUAACUGGACUUGAGUAAAAAAAAUGGCUGGUCACAGCUAGUAGCUUUUGAUAUUUUACUGGCUUUCUUGGACUAGCAUGAGUGCUGAUUUCCAGUGGGUGGCUCAAAUGGGUUAGAAAAAGGUGGUUAUGCUCAGUCAGCAAUGAUAACUGCCCCAUCAGCUUAUGUAACUGCAGCACAAUGAAAGCCACAUGCACAAGGGUACAAACAUUCAAUCCAGAUAAAAAUGGAAUUUGCAUUUAUCUUGUGUAACCAGACCUACGUCAUGAUGACCAGAAACUACUCAUCGAUGUCUUAAUUUCACAGAUUGCAUUUGAGAUGAACAGCAAAUUGCACACAAGCAGCUUGGGUAUCAAUUUGUCAGCAACUAUUUUGCUACUUAUCCCCAGAGUAAAAUGUCUUCUUAUGAGUUUUAAAGCUUCAGAUUUAGGACUUGGUGCAGUACAGCUAGAAUUUGGCUAAGGCUACAUCUACAUGAAGCUGGAGACAUGAUCUGCACAGCAAAGAAUGGAUUUAAAGAUGGAACAAAAAACAAUUAAUAGAUGUUAUAAUAAAUAUGCCAGUUUGCAGAUUGUAACCUUAAAAUAAAGUAAAAAAGAGCAAGGCAAAAUAAAAAAAAACAAUUCAACCAAUUAGCCUUAGAGCUAACUUGAACAUAUUCCAGAGCUUUUAAUUUAGCUAGGAUCAAAUCAGGGAUAGUCGCGAGAGCCUGACCUAAAAAUUGCUGGAAUGAUGUCAUCACCUAAUUUCCAUAUUUGGUUAAUGCUUUGAUCCAGUCAUAGGAGAGAGAAAAAAAAUCGGCAACACAGAAAAUUAUUAAAAACACUCUUAAUACAUUUAAAACGAAAACAUUUGACUCUAUAAAAUAAUAAAAUAUUCUACCUGAACCAAAACUAUGGAUGUCAAUCUUUUUAUGCUAUGAUAUUAAUUUAAUAGGAGACACAAUGAAGGAGGCUGUAUAUGAAUUAAAUGCUGAUAGGGAUCUAUUUAAGUGCAAUCAUUUCAAAGGCAUAUUACAUUAAAUAUGUUUAGAACAAGCUUGAGGGGGAUCAAAGCAAGCUUUGUGCAUUUGUGACUGAUUUUCAAUAGGAAAACAGCGGGAAGUAGGUCUCGUUUCAUGUCAGUGCUUUGGAGAAGGGAGGGUCUCACAGCAGCUCUCACUGCCUGCUGAAGACAGUCAACUCAGAGCGAUUGGUGCUUUUAUUUUGUCGCUUCAGUCUUCAACAAAACAGCAACAAGUCCCUAGGUUUGUGGCCAGCCAAAACAAAUAGUAGAAGUGUCUGAAAAGUCGCCAAGUUUAAAGACUCUGUCUUCAAAGCUACUUAGCAAGCUAGGUAUUAUAAUGUAUGCAAUUGCCCUGACUAAUUAGCAUGCUUAAAGUAACAGCGACAUUGUGAUAUCAAUGAUGGUUAACCAUACAUUUACUUUUAUCUACAGUUCAUUAUUACCUUUUCAUAAAGCUAGCAUGCUAAUAAAUACCCACAGCUAAUAUGCAUGAGAACUGUUUCUGGCCUAAUGUCUGCAGGUUAAUAGGUCACAGUAGUAUCAGCAACCUAAGAUACAGUUCAUUAGCUCUGUUGAAGAUUCUCAGUCAUCCAGGUCAUAGCCAUUCCUAAAAAGUUAAAAAAAACAAUCCACUGGACUUGGUUUCCAAGUUUGAAGACGUUUCGCUUUACAUCAAGGCAGCUUUGUCAAUUCACAGAGGCAUGGCUAAACCAAGAAGAGCUACCUCCUCCAACAAGACUCUGCUGUGCACCUGCAGCUUAAGGACAUGGGACACUCAUUUGAGGACCAGAAUGUUCACAUUUUGGACAAAGAAGACAGGUGCUUUAAAAGGGGUGUGAAGGAAGCCAUUUAUCUUAAGAC